AUGAAUUUCGAAAUUGAGCGAGAGAUUGGCUUUAUCAAUAGUCAGCCAUCGCUCGCUGAGUGCCUGACAUCUUUUCCCCCUGUCGCUGAUACAUUUCAAAGUUCAUCAAUCAAGAAUUCGACGCUUUCAUACUCGACACUGAUUCCUCCUCCUCCUUCUGAGCAGACCAUCCCCAGCCUGAAACCGGGUAGCCGCCCCAAGCACAGCCCCAAUGGCAACAGCGGCAGCCCAGUGCCAGCCGGCGCCCUCCAGCCUCCGGAGUACCCCUGGAUGAAAGAGAAAAAGGCGUCCAAGAAAACCGCCCUGCCGCCGCUUGCCUCGGCCUCCGUCCCUGGACCAGCUUGCCUGAGCCACAAAGAAUCUCUGGAGAUCUCUGAAAAUGCUAAUGGGAGCUCCAGGAGGCUAAGGACUGCUUAUACCAACACACAGCUUUUGGAACUGGAGAAGGAAUUUCAUUUCAACAAGUACCUGUGUAGACCAAGGAGGGUGGAGAUCGCUGCUCUCCUAGAUCUGACGGAGAGGCAAAUCAAAGUCUGGUUUCAAAACAGGCGGAUGAAGCACAAGAGGCAGACCCAGUGCAAGGAGAAUCAGAAUAGCGAAGGGAAAUGCAAAGGUUUAGGGGACCCCGAGAAAGCCGAAGAGGAGAAAUCUCUUUUUGAGCAAGCCCUCAACGAAGUCUCAGGGGCUCUUUUGGACAGGGAAAGGCACCCUUUUCAACAGAAUGCCCUGGAUCAGCCACAGGCUCCUCCAAGCCUCCACAAUGGAGACUCCCAAACUUUUCCAGUUUUGACUUUAACCAGCAAUGAGAAAAAUCUCAAACAUUUUCAGCGCCAGUCACCCACUGUUCCCAAUUGCCCCUCAACAAUGGGCCAGAACUGUGCAGCUGCCGUGAACAAUGGCAGUCCGGAGGCCCUGGAAGCCUCUUCUUUGCAGGACUUCAGCGUUUUCUCCGCAGAUUCCUGCCUACAGCUUUCUGACGUCUCCCCCAGUUUGCCACCAUCCCUUGGCAGUCCUGUAGAUAUUUCAACUGACAACUUAGACUUUUUCACAGAUACGCUCACCACAAUUGACUUGCAGCACCUGAAUUAUUGA